AGAGUGCUGCUGGCUGUCCAGCACGAAAGUAAGGAAAGAGGGAUAUUUUGGAAGGUGUCUGAAUGGGAUGGCAGCUUCGACAACCGAACGGAGGGCCUUUGCCCAUAAAAUUAACAGGACGGUGGCUGCAGAGGUGAGGAAGCAGGUGUCCAGAGACUAUGGAUCUCCACAGCUCUCCAAGAAGCGAGCCGGAUCACACCAAACUCUGCCACUGUCUGAGGUGGUGGAUCCGGUGGACUUUGAGGAGUACGUGAGCAGCCAUGCCCCAGGAGCGGAGCCCGGCCCCCUGCGGCAGCUCAUGGAGUUCCCCCCUGACGACCUGGAGCUCCUCCUAGAGGAGAGGGAGUGUAGUACACUGGAGCCAGCACUACCAGAGGAGGAGACACUGGACCCCCGCGUGAGAGAUGCCCUGGGAGUCUACACAGACGACUGGCUCAUCAUUCAAAGGAAGUACCAGCGCUACAGCACGACCCAGUCUCCACACAGCUCGGAGCGGCAGCGGGAGAAGCAGCGCGGCCUGGUCAAGCAGACCUUCGAACUGGACGAGGCGGCCACUGAACGCCACGACGAUCAGGAUGAGGUGAAGCGGCGGUCGGCGUCGAUGGACGAGACCCCUCGGGGCAGCUGGGCCUCCAGCAUCUUCGACCUGAAGAACUCCUCUCCCGACGCCCUGCUGCCCUCCGUGCUGGAGAGGACCACAGCAGAGGACAUGGACCGCCGCAACGCAGAGGCCCGCCAGCAGGGGCGCCACAACCACCUGCUCAACCUCUACCCCACGCCAGACGAGGAUGAGGCUGUGGAGCGCUGCUCGCUGCCUGAGAUCCCCAAAGAGCACAUGGGCCAGAGGAUCAUGGUCAAGUGCCUGUCACUCAAGUUUGAAAUAGAAAUCGAGCCCAUAUUUGGAACACUGGCCCUGUAUGAUAUCAAGGAAAAGAAAAAGAUAUCGGAGAACUUCCACUUCGACCUGAACUCGGACCAGAUGAAGGGGCUGCUGCGGCCGCACAUCCCCCACACGGCCAUCUCCACGCUGGCCCGCUCCGCCAUCUUCUCCAUCACCUACCCCUCCGCAGAUAUCUUCCUGGUCAUCAAGUUGGAGAAGGUGUUGCAGCAGGGGGACAUCGGCGAGUGCUGUGAGCCCUACAUGAUCAUGAAGGAGUCCGACUCCACUAAGCACAAGGAGAAGUUGGAGAAGUUGCGUGGCCAGGCGGAGCAGUCGUGCAGUCGUCUGGGGCGCUUCCGCAUGCCAUUCGCCUGGACCGCCAUCCACCUGCUCAACAUCGUCAGCAGCGUCGGGGGCCUGGAGCGCACUGACUCGGACUCCGACAGCGAGAGGAAGGGAACGUGGCAGGAGCGUAAGAAGAAGGGAUUUGAGCGGAUGAGUGUGGGGGAGGACAUGUGCAACUUCUCCACCUUCCGCCCUGCCACGCUCACCGUCACCAACUUCUUCAAACAGGAAGGUGACAGGUUGAGUGAUGAGGAUCUGUAUAAGUUUCUGGCUGACAUGCGUAGACCCUCUUCUGUGCUGAGGAGGCUGAGACCCGUCACUGCCCAGUUGAAGAUAGACAUCUCUCCUGCUCCGGAGGCCCCCCACUACUGCUUGUCUCCUGAGCUGCUGCAUGUGAAGCCCUAUCCUGACCUGCGCGUGCGGCCCACCAAGGAGGUGCUGGAGUUCCCAGCCCGCUACGUCUACACACCACACACACACUACAGGAACCUGCUGUAUAUCUACCCCCAGAGUGUCAACUUCAGCAGUCGUCAGGGCUCCGUGAGGAACAUCGCCGUCAAGGUGCAGUUCAUGGCGGGAGAGGACCCCAGCCAGGCCAUGCCGGUCAUCUUUGGGAAGUCGAGCUGUGCAGAGUUUUAUAAGGAGGCGUACACGCCCGUCAUCUAUCAUGACAAGUCUCCAGAGUUCUAUGAGGAGAUGAAGAUGCGUAUCCCGGCCAACCUGACUGAUAACCACCACCUGCUCUUCACCUUCUACCACAUCAGCUGCCAGCCCAAGCAGAACACCCCGCUCGAGACGCCCGUGGGAUACACGUGGAUCCCUCUGAUGCAGCAUGGCCGGCUCCGCACGGGCACCUUCAGCCUUCCCGUCUCCGUGGAGAAACCUCCGCCCAGCUACUCCGUCCUCACGCCUGACGUCCAGCUGCCAGGGAUGAAGUGGGUGGAUAACCACAAGGGAGUCUUCAAUGUGGAGGUGACAGCGGUCUCAUCUGUCCACACUCAGGACCCCCACCUGGAUAAGUUCUUCACGCUAGUCUACGUGCUGGAGGAGUACUCGUUCCCGUUCAGGCUGAAGGACGUGAUCAUCAGCGAGGCCAACGUGGAGGCUGAGCUAAAGGCCAGCAUGGCGGCCCUCAAGGGGGCGCUGCUGGACACCUGCGUCCGCUUUCUGCACCAGCUGCUCAGCAAGCUCAUCCUGCUCAUCGUGCACCCGCCCGUCAUCGCCGGCCAGAUCGUGAACCUGGGCCGGGCUGCCUUCGAGGCCAUGGCCCUGCUGGUCAACCAGAUCCACAAGAACCUGGAGGGGAACCAGGACCACCACGGCCGCAACCACCUGCUGCUCUCCUACAUCCACUACUCCUUCCACCUGCCCACCGCCGAGCCCAUGUCGCCCCCCAAUGCGACCACUCCGACUUACGAGGUGCCCAUCCAGUAUGCCACCCUGUCCCGUGCCACGGCGCGCCCCACCAGCCUGCACCUGUCGCGCUCCAAGAGCAUCAGCAACUCCAACCCCGACCUGGCCACCACCCCCACCCCCGACGAGGAGGUGCAGAGGAUCAUCGGCAGCAAGGGGAUUGACCGCUCUCAUUCCUGGGUAAACUCUGCUUACGCUCCGGGCGGCUCCAGGUCCGUAAUCCGCCGCAACCCCAACUCCAGCUGUGAGCUCAAGCAGGCGAGUGAGCGAACCUCCAAUCGCAUGUCUGCCUUCCUGGAGAGCUCCACCUUCUUCCCCGCCCCCACACGCCAACUCGCCAAGAAGCUUCUCCAUGAGGAGUUGGCUCUGCAGUGGGUGGUCAGCACCAGCACAGUGAGGGAGGCAGCUCUGCAGCAGGCCUGGUUCUUCUUCCAGCUCAUAGUGAAGAGCAUGGCCCACCACCUGUUCCUGGCCGGCCGCCUGGACACCCCGCGACGCCAGCGCUUCCCAGACCGCUUUGUGGACGACAUCGCCGCCCUGGUGGGGGCCAUCAGCGCUGACAUCGCCAGCAGAUACCACAAGGACGUUGAGCUUGUGGAGAGGUUGAACAGCAGCCUGGCGUUCUUCCUUAAUGAUCUGCUGUCUCUCAUGGACCGCGGCUUUGUCUUCAACCUCAUCCGCUCCUAUCACAAACAGAUUUCCACUAAGCUGCACACGUCUCAGAACCCCAGUGCACUGACGGCUCUGCGUAUGGACUUCAUGCGCAUCGUGUGCAGCCACGAGCACUACGUGACCCUCAACCUGCCCUGCUCCACCCUCAGCCCCCCCGCCUCCCCUUCGCCCUCCACCUCCUCCACCACCUCACAGAGCUCUGCGUUCUCGUGUCAGGUGCAGGAUCAGGGGGUGCAGAGCAUGUUCGAGUUGUCCGUCCCGUUCCGCCAUCAACACUUCCUGUCGGGCCUGCUGCUGUGUGAACUAGCCCUCAUCCUGGAGCCAGAUGGAGAGGGGGUGUUCUUCCUGCAUAAGAAGGCCAUCUCUGCGCUGCACUCUCUGCUGUGUAGCCAUGACUCUGACCCGCGCUACAGCGACCCGCAGGUGCGCGCCCACGUGGCCCAGCUCUACCUGCCACUCAUCCCCCUCGUCAUGGAAACGCUGUCACAGCUGCACGACUUCACCGAUAUGUCCCCUCAGCGCGUGAGACACGCCUCUGCCCAUGCGGACGACGGGGACCCGGACAACGGCACCAUCAACCAAUCAGUGGCCAUGGCCAUUGCCGGAUCGCCCCUCCCCCACGCCAAGGCCAACCCCUUCGCCAUGCCUACAACCGCUGGUCGUCCGUGCAGUGCCCUCUCUGCUGAGUGCAGUCGUACGCUCCUCGUCUGCUUCCUGUGGGUGUUGAAGAACGCGGACGCCUCUCUGCUGGAGCGCUACGUCCACGACCUGUCAGUCACGCAGAUCAACAGGCUGCUGGACCUGCUGCACCUCGCCGUCUCCUGCUUCGAGUACAAGGGGAAGAAGGCCCUGGAGAGGAUUAACAGUCUGACCUUUAAGAAGUCCCAGGACAUGAAGGCUCGCCUGGAGGAGGCCAUACUGGGAACCAUCGGAGCCAGGCAGGAGAUGGUCAGACGCUGCAGAGAGAGAAGCCCGUUCGGCAGCCAGGAAAACGUCCGAUGGAGGAAGAAUGUCACUCACUGGAGACAGAACGCAGACAGGGUUGACAACAGGACCAAGGCGGAGGUGGAGCAGGAGUCGCUGGUGGAUGGGAACUUGGCCACGGAGGCCUCCCUGGUCGUGCUGGAUACACUGGAGAUCAUUGUCAAGACGGUGGUGGCAUCGGAGCUGAAGGAGAGUGUGUUGGGCGGGGUGCUGAGGGUGCUGCUCCACAGCAUGGCGGGAAACCAGAGCGCCCUCUUCCUGCAGCAUUGCUUUACUACACAGAGAGCACUCGUCUUCAAGUUCCCGGAGAUGCUGUUUGAGGAGGACACUGAGCUGUGUGCGGACCUGUGUCUCCGCCUCCUCCGCCACUGCAGCAGCAGUGUGGCGCCCGUACGCAGCCAUGCCAGCGCAUCACUAUACCUGCUCAUGAGGCAGAACUUCGAGAUCGGCAACAACUUUGCGCGUGUGAAGAUGCAGGUGACCAUGUCCCUGUCCUGCCUGGUGGGCACGUCGCAGAACUUCAACGAGGACCACCUGCGCCACUCACUCAAGACCAUCCUCACCUACGCAGAGGACGACCUGGAGCUACGGGACUCGCCCUUCCCAGAACAGGUCCAGGAUCUGGUGUUCAACCUGCACAUGAUCCUGACUGACACGGUGAAGAUGAAGGAGCACCAACAGGACCCAGAGAUGCUGCUGGACCUCAUGUAUAGGAUCGCCAAGGGCUACCAGAACUCUCCUGACUUGCGUCUGACGUGGCUGCAGAACAUGGCGGGGAAGCACUCGGAGAGGGGCAACCACGCGGAGGCCGCCCACUGCCUGGUGCACAGCGCCGCCCUGGUGGCCGAGUACCUCAACAUGCUGGAGGACUGCAGAUACCUGCCCAUAGGCUGCGUCUCCUUCCAGAGCAUUUCCUCCAACGUGCUGGAGGAAUCUGCCGUGUCUGAUGACAUCCUGUCUCCCGAGGAGGAGGGCAUCUGUGCUGGGAAGUACUUCAGUGAGGCGGGCCUGGUGGGGCUGCUGGAGCAGGCAGCUGCCUCCUUCCACAUGGCUGCCAUGUAUGAGGCUAUAAAUGAGGUCUAUAAGAUCUUGCUGCCCAUCCACGAGGCCAACAGGGACUUCAAGAAGUUGGCCACGGUCCACGGCAAGCUGCAGGACGCCUUCAACAAGGUCUACAACCAGAGCUCAGGAUGGGAGAGGAUGUUUGGCACGUAUUUCCGCGUGGGCUUCUAUGGCUGCCGCUUUGGAGACCUGGACGAGCAGGAGUUUGUCUACAAGGAGCCCUCUAUCACCAAGCUGGCCGAGAUCUCCCAUCGCCUGGAGGAGUUCUAUGCUGAGCGCUUUGGUGACGACUUUGUGGAGAUCAUCAAAGACUCCAGCCCAGUGGACAAGACAAAGCUGGACCCCAAUAAGGCCUACCUCCAGAUCACGUACGUGGAGCCCUUCUUCGACACGUACGAGCUGAAGGAACGCAUCACCUACUUCGAUAAGAACUACAACCUGCGCACCUUCAUGUACUGCACGCCCUUCACGCUAGACGGACGCGCCCACGGGGAGCUGCACGAGCAGUACAAGCGCAAGACCAUCCUCACCACCUCGCACGCCUUCCCCUACAUCAAGACGCGCAUCAACGUCAUACACAAGGAGGAGAUCAUCCUGGUGCCCAUGGAGGUGGCCAUAGAGGACAUGCAGAAGAAGACCCAGGAGCUGGCCUUCGCCACACACCAGGACCCUGCCGACCCCAAGAUGCUGCAGAUGGUGCUGCAGGGCUGCGUGGGGACCACCGUCAAUCAGGGUCCUCUGGAGGUGGCUCAGGUCUUCCUCUCAGACAUUCCAGAUGACCCCAAGCUCUUCCGCCACCACAACAAACUGCGCCUUUGUUUCAAGGACUUCACCAAGAGGUGUGAGGACGCCCUGCGUAAGAACAAGGCUCUGAUUGGUCCCGACCAGAAGGAGUAUCACCGCGAGCUGGAGCGCAACUACAACAAGCUGCGCGAGGCCCUGGGCCCCCUCAUCAACCGCAAGAUCCCCCAGCUCUACAGAGCCCUCCCCCUGCCCUCUACACCCACGCCCACACAGAGGAAUUCCUUGAGCCGGUCCAGUUUUCGCCGAGGGGAGUGCUGAGUGCGGAGUGCGUACAGGAGACUCCAAAGCAAACCCAAAGUUCCUGUGAAGACCCCUCAUGACUGCUUAUGAAAAACUCUUUCUUGGCCCGCUUCCCUGCUAUGUAGUCUUCGCCCCCAGACCCCUAAACUCUCUCAUACCAUAGUACUCUCUCCCACAAUGUAUACAGACACUUAUACACACAGACACAAGCGUGCACACGCACACACACACACUCUCUUCCUGUCCCACUCCCCUUUUCCCAACUCUCUCUCUCUCACACACACACAUACACACACACACACACACACACACACACACACACACACACACACACACACACACAAGCGUGCACGCGCACGCAGACACACACACACACACACAAGCGUGCACAGGCACACAGACACACAAACUCUCUCUCUUCCUGUCCCACUCCCCUUUUCCCAACUCUCUUUCUCUCACGCAUACACACACACACACACACACACACACACACACACACACACACACACACACACACACACACACACACACAAGCGUGCACACGCACCUACUCCUCUUUUCCCAACUCUCUGUCUCUCGCUCUCUCUGUCUCUCUCUCAGCCACUCUCUCUGUCUCUGUGCUCCACUCUCCUCAUCUUUUUUUUUCCUGUGACUUCCUCAUUUAUUGACUUGCUGAGCUGUCUUGGCUGCUGCGUUUAGCCGUGCUUACUGUGGGAAAAUCCUCUCUGGCUGUGUUUAAUCUACCUGCAUGGGUCUCCACUGUAAACACAGACUAUCUCUCUCUCUCUGUAAACACAAACUAUCUCUCUCUCUCGGACACGCAUCUACAGUAUAUACACACACAAGCUCGAUGUCUAACUUUAUACUCACUCCCCCUCCUCCCUAUCCUCGCCUCUUUACUGUCUCUCCGCUAUCUCUCUCUCUCUCUCUCUCUCUCUCUCUCUCUUGCUCUCUCUCUCUUGCUCUCUCUCUCUUGCUCUCUCUCUCAUGUUCUCUCACUAACACACACACACAC